AUGAAGAGCGCUCAAAUCAUUGCCGCUGCAGGUCUUCUGCUCGCCUCGACAGUUCAUGCCACUGCAAGCUCGGUUUACAGCGGAUCUGGUUUUGGAACCUACUAUUACGAUGUCGUCGAAACGGAUGAAUGCGGCGAUAACUUUGAAGUUGCAAACACCGGCCAGGUUGAGUGCAGCCUUACCCAGGUUUGGACCUUGAACGAUGUCAACUCCGACUACCUGGUCGCCAUGAACCACUCCCUACUCGUCGGAGAUAUGAGCGAGUACUGCGGCAAGAAAGUUAUUGUAUCUGUCAACGGGGUGGCAUCUGACCUCCCACUUUUCAUUGGCGAUGGCUGCGAGCGCUGCUCUGAGGGCUCUGCUACAUCCGCAACAUGGGACCCAUACGGUGCCCCGGGGCUAGAUUUUAGCUACACUGUGGCCAAUGAGUUGAACUCGCUCGCAUGUGACGACGGUCACAUUGAGAUCACUUGGGAGGUUGUUGAUGAGCUGAUCUAUCAGUUUGAUACCACUGGAUCCGGAGAGCCCCAAGGCUUCGUUAGCACUUCUUCCUCGUCUGCUGUCGCGCAGGCUACUGCUGCCCCAAAGCGCUUCCAUGCUUAA